AUAAUCAUCAAAAUAACAAUAAUCCUCUCUCGACAUUCAGCAUUUAGUACUUUGCUCUCGCACAAGUCAUUAUGGCAAAGCAUUUGAUAAUUGAAUGUAGUUAUAAGAAUAUAAAAUUGGUGGUUAUACAUUCGUUUAUUCAUACGAGUACUUUUUCUGAAAACAUCAUCUAGAAUUGUCGAAAUGUUAUCAAAAUUUCGAAAUUCAGUACGAUUUUCAACGAUCCAUAGAAAUUAUGUCGAUUACGUUCAAGGACAAUCUCCUGAAGCAAAAGUCCGAGAGUAUUUUUAUUUCAUUGACCAUCAAGGAAUGCUCUUUUUAGAUGAUGCACGAAUAAAGAAUUUCACUUCGUGUUUUAAAGAAAAAAAGUUCUUGGCCUUUUUCUUCAAAAAACUAAAAAAAAACGAUACGGGUCGCUACGAUGAAACAUUUCCAUAUUUGUCUGUAUGCGGCCGGGAAAGGAACUUCGUACGUUGCGACGAUGUACCGAUCGUCUUUACUCACGUUUUGCAAAAAGAGCCUGAAAAUUGGUGGUUCAGUUACGCUCAUGCAGGCGACUCUCUAAUGGUACCAUUUGAGCCGGAAAAACUUUACAUGAGUAUACAUUCAGGCAGAGUUUAUCAUCCAGCAUCCUCUAAAGUAGGGGGUGCUGGACUCGUAAGAUCGAAUUUGGCUAUAGAAAUGAGUCGAUAUUUCGAUUUCGAAAAUGGAGAAGAACGAGAACCGACUCAUUUCAAUUGGAAGGGUAAACGUCACCCACUUGAUACCCAAUGGCACAAGCACACUAUUAUUGACAAUAAAUCAAAUAAAAAAUAAAAUACUCUUCGCACUCAUCAUUAAUUUUGUUUCUGUGUGGAAAAAAAACUAGGCAUCCUCUCAACGUACAAUAUUUUCAACGUUUUUUUAUAUUAGGUAUAACAUGAUUUUGUUCAAUUUUUUUUCUUUUUCCAUAUAACCAAAUGAUUUUCGUAAAUUUUUACGAAAAUAUAACACAUCAAUUAACAUAUGUUCAAAUCGAAUACCCUCGCUGUGGAGUCGUCCGAGGUCGUCAAUAUCCGAGUUCCAUCUCUACAAAAUCAUAAACCAUAAUUUUUCUUUAAAAAAGUGUGUUAAAAACAAUUCUCAAUUCUCAAAUAUAAUAUAAUUUGAAUGUACAACAACAA